CAAGAUACGCUCAAUAUGGCUCAAGAGAUCCCAGCUGUGACACUAAACUCCGGCCGCAAGAUGCCGGUGAUUGGCCUUGGGACAGCAUUUCCAAACCCGCCGUCCGACCAACUUUCGGGGAUCAUUGUCCACGCCAUCGAGGCUGGUUACAGGCAUUUCGACACUGCCGCGGUUUACGGAUCAGAGGAAGCCAUCGGCAUUGCCAUAGCCAAAGCAUUAAAGCUUGGCCUCAUUGGCUCUCGGGCUGAACUUUUCAUUACAUCUAAGCUCUCUUGUGCUGAUGCGGACCCUGAUCUUGUUCUCCCUGCUCUCAAGAAGUCACUAAGCAAGUUAGGGCUGGAUUACUUGGACCUAUACUUAAUUCACUGGCCCAUAAGGUUGAAACAGGUCAAUAUGCCCACCGAUAAGGUGGACAUUUUCCCCUUUUUUGAUACAAAAGGAACAUGGGGAGCCAUGGAAAGCUGCAAAAGACUGGGACUUGUUGAAUCCAUUGGAGUAAGUAACUACUCAUGCAAGAAGUUGUCUCAAGUUCUGGAGAUUGCUACCAUACCUCCGGCAGUGAACCAGGUGGAGAUGAAUGUGACAUGGAAUCAAAAGAAGUUGAGGGAGUUGUGCAAGGAGAAGGGAGUUGUUAUCACGGCAUGGGCACCGUUGGGGGCGAAGGGAACUAUGUGGGGAUCAACGAGGGUGAUGGAGAAUCCUGUGCUGAAGGAAAUUGCUUGUGCUAAAGGAAAGACGGUGGCCCAGGUUGCUCUGAGGUGGUUAUAUGAGCAAGGGGUGAGCAUGGUGUCCAAAAGCUACAACAACGGAAGAAUGAGGGAAAACCUCAAUAUCUUUGAUUGGGAGCUGAGCGAAGAAGAUAAAGACAAAAUCCAAAGUAUUUCACAGUGCAGGGGAUAUCCAGGGGAUUCUUUAGUUUCAGAAAAAGGGCCUUACAAAACCGUGGAGGAACUGUGGGAUGGAGAAAUUUAAAGGUAUAAAUUUCAUCCGAACCGCCACGUACAAGCAAAGACGUUUUAACCCAUCUACAUGAAGGCAAUGGGGGGACUGCUAGAAAAAUUAAAAUGUUAUAAUAAGAUUUGUAUUUGAGGUUUGAAUUUCUGAAACAUGCUAUUUAUCUAUAUUCUAAAAUUAUUGGAUUUAGCACUGUA